CCGUGGUAAAAUGCUUGGCUGUACAAUGAAUCGUAGGUGCUUUGGCUAUGCUGACUUCAGUUUUGCAUGUGGUGUGUCGUCGGCAGUGACCAGCGCGGUCGUUUGACAGAUGGUGGAUGGAAUGGAGACCUCUGUGGUGCUUCACCUUGUGGUUCCCAAUUGUGGGCUGAUCCAGUGCUGCUUGCGUUUGUUGUGAAACAGAUGACGAUGGAUGUAGAUCGUACUGUGAGAGAGAAAGGACACCAGGAGUCAACUGCAACCUCAUUGCAAGUCGAGGUUGCAUCGUCUGUGGCGCUGGACUCCCAAAGAAGUUAUGCGAAAGUUGAUGAAGGAGACCGGGAGCGCAAACAGGGCAGCAAAUCCCAAUGGAGCGAGGAGGAGCAUCGAUCUUAUCUGGAUGACAUGGAGGCCAGUUUUGUUCGUGGUCUCUAUGAUCGCCAAUAUGCAGACUUUGAGUACACGCAAGACUGGUCACAAGAGCGGUCACAAGAGCGGUCACAAGACGAGGGAUCAUCCCUGAAGUCUCCUCUUGGCCGCAGUGACAGCUUCCGAUCCGUUGGAAAAGGCUCAACCAGGCCCAACCAGGUGCCAGCAUUUCUUCAGUACGAAGGUACGGCUGUACUGUUGUCGUAUGCGAAUUCUUCUGCUUCAUCAAGUCGCUUCAAGGGUGGGGACAACGGCAGUGCAGGCGGGGAUAAAACUCUGCCGAGCACACCUUUGUCGGCCAAGCGAAAAACUGUCGAGAAAUCGAUGCAGCCUUGUCCAAUAUUCAUGCCUUGGCCUUUUGCGCUAGAAGGCGGUCGGCGAGCAGUUUGUCUAUCCGAUCCGUUCCCUAUCCUAGGGACCCGAACUCAGAUCGGGAGCAACUGGUCUGUUUCCGGUUCACCCUGUUCCGUGCCGGGCUAUGGACAAGUGGGAGAGAACAGCUUGGAAACUGACAGAGUACCGAGGGCGGAGGAUACGCACCCUGAUGAUAGAGGCGUGCAACAGGACCUCGCUGAGGGCAUGGAGGAAGAUAACAAUGAGGAAGAGGAACGAGAUGAAGAAGAGGUGGAUGCAGAAGAAGACGAAGAGAUGGGUUUAGAGGAUGACGAAGAAGAGGUGGAGGUAGAAGAGGAGGACGAAGAGGUGGAGGGAGAGGAAGAAGAAGAAGAAGUGGACGCGGAAGAAGACGAAGAUGCACCACAGCCAGGGGCAGAGGCGGAGGAGGAGGAGGAGGAGGAGGAGGAGGAGGACGGGGUGGACGCAAGAGAUGAGUACGAACAUGCGGCGGACCUAAGUGAAAACGAAGAAUCAGGAGAGAUGGAAGAGGGAGAGGCAGAGGACGAUGAGGGAGAAGUGGAGGAUGCUGUCACUCAUGAUGACGAGGGUGGGCAGAACAAUGCGUCGCCGGUGGGUAGAAGGGAAACACUCCAAUCGGCCGAAUCGCUAGCGUUGGAUGGUUCAUCAGAAGAGGCUCCUCAGGUGGUUGACGCGGAGGAGGACGUGGCGACGGUGGCUCCUUCCGCAGCAUUUCCGAAGCUGGUCGAAGAGCCAGUAGAUAUGCGUGCACAGUCCGAUAGGCCCCGAGCUUCAACAGAGAGUUGGACCAUGUUUGGGCGAAGAUUCGUCUUUCCAGCUCCUCCGCCAAUGCAGCUGCAACGAGGAGGAGCCUGGAUCUCUAUAAAGCGGCAGAAGACCAUAAGAGAAGAGCUGCUGGAAAUAGAAAUUAAUCAAGAGAGGGAGUUUGCACGGCAGCAGCGGCAGGUGUCUGUUGAGGAACAUGAAAUACGGCGGCAUGGAGCGGAACUCGAGCGCAAUGGAUGGGAGGGGCCGACAACAACCGACUGCCACGCCACCUUGUCGCAAACGAAAACCCAGUGGACUGCGAUGCAGGCAUUACAGCAGUCUUUCAAUGGGGCACAACAUGCGGUGCACUCAUCGUCACACCAAAUAGAACGGACAGGAUGUCCAGCAAAUGCACCGACCCCGGUACGGGAACCGCCGCGAGAAGCAGUCAUGCUGCCCUUCUGGCAGCAGGCGUGCUAUCUUUCGCAGCUGCGACAGCAAUGCCAGUCUCUGCAAAUUCAAAAGGACGUCGCAAGGCUGAAUGACCAGGCAUUGCAGGGCUGUUGCGACAUGGAGGACGCCUUUUGCCAGCAGCACGAACAGAUGAUGUGGCAACAAUCUGUUCAGUUCGCAAGCACGGUAGAUCGCUGUGGCCAGCAAAUUCAUCGAGGGCAUUUCGAUCCAGCUUGCUUUCCAUUUGCUAGGAGCACUGGCGGCCAAGAACUUCUGGAUGCCGCUGAUUGCAAGAAGGAGAGUAAUGCAAGUGUAGGGCAGAAUGAUGAUACGACGGAGCAGGAGCGCGAGGAAGAAGAUCAGGAAGAGGGAGAAGGCGAGGGCGGAGGCGAAGGAGUAGAGGAAAGAGGAACGGAAAGGGUGAAGGAAGGAAAGAGAGUGGAGGGAGGGAACAGGGUAGAACCAGAAUUGGAAGGGAGAGGGGAAGAGCUGGAACAGAAAAAUGCAAUGGAUGGGGAGAACAGGGAGGUACGCGAGGUAGAAAGGGCGGCAAAACAGCGGCAAGGUUGUGACAAAGAGGUCUCCUGUUCUUGGAAGAAAGCCGACACCGGUAAGAUGGAGGACCUGCUGGCAUGUCAAGGCGUCAACGAGGGUGUGAGAACUAGCAGGCUGGGGCAAACUGACAAAGAUCGCGAGGGCGGGCAGAGAGGAGGUGAUGACAGAAACGCGACGGGAGUGGCUGACGUCAGUAGGACCAAGGAGGAUGGACCUGGAUCGACAGGAGCUGUGGGCGGCGGUAGCUCGCCCAGUGUGGGAAAUAUGGAGUCUCCUCAGGCAGGAUCAUCUGAGAACGAAGAAGUCCAGUCGCAAUCCGAAGAGCAGCAUGCGGGUGCAGAUCAUUGGUAUGAAGAGCCGCGGUUUCCAGACGGGUUCUUUAUGUAUCGGUGUCAGCAUCAUCGUCAUCAUGACAUGGGAGUGCCUGGUGCUGAGGGAGAUGAUCCCCCCAACGCCACUGAAAAUCACCAGAGAAUUGUCCCGAUCUGUGAAGAAUGUUCUCACAGACAGCAGAUAGACUCUGAUUAUCGCCACCAGCGGCAGCUGACGCGCAAUCAACACAGUACAGAGGAAGACGCUCAGGAGGAACCUCCCGCCACCGCAGCUGUGGUUGAUCCUGAGGAAGCAUGUGUGUCUCGCCAUACGCAAGCAUAUUCAUAUAAUGAACUGAUUACCAAGCAUCGAGAAUCUCACAGAUUGGAGCAGCAGCAGAUUGCGCAGCAGCAAAUGGCGCAGCAGAAGGGCAGUCAUCGCAGGGAGUCCGGAACUCAGGGGGUUAAAACGCAAUCGCAUUCGUACAAUGAACAGAUCUCAAAGCACCGAGAAUCACACAGAAUGGAGCAGCAGAGAGCACAGCAGAGGGGCAGUCACCUCGAGGAGUCCGGAACUUGGGGGGUCGGAAUGCAGUCGCAGCCGUACAAUGAGUUGAUCACAAAGCACCGGGAAUCACACAGAAGCGAGCAGCAGAGGGCGCAGCAGAAGGGCAGCCACCCCGGUGAGGCGGGAACUCGGGUUGGAACGCAGAUGCAGUCGUUCAAUGAGUUGAUCACGGAGCACCGAGAAUCGCACAGAAGUGAGCAGCAGAGGGCANGUGAGGCGGGAACUCGGGUUGGAACGCAGAUGCAGUCGUUCAAUGAGUUGAUCACGGAGCACCGAGAAUCGCACAGAAGUGAGCAGCAGAGGGCACAGCAAAAGGGCAGCCACCCCAGUGAGGCGGGAACUCGGGUUGGAACGCAGAUGCAGUCGUUCAAUGAAAGCGAGCAGCAGAGGGCACAGCAGAAGGGCAGCCACCCCGGUGAGGCGGGAACUCGGGUCGGAACGCAGAUGCAGUCGUGCAAUGAGUUGAUCACGAAGCACCGAGAAUCGCACAGAAGCGAGCAGCGGAGGGCACAGCAGAAGGGCAGUCACGUUGGGGAGGCUGGAAGCCGGAUUGAAAUGCAAGAUCGACUGUCGCAGCAGAGACCCUCAUUAUGUGCCAGCAGUAGUACUUCAGACCGGCGGGACAAUGCGGGAAAAUCAGCGGGACACAGCUGCAGUGGAGGAGGAGAAGCAAUUGAGAAUCACUUAGUUCCCUCAGCUCAUGGCUCUCCGCCAUGCAGCUCCAGAAGUGGUGCACUGGAGAUGGGCGGUGUGGAGAUGCUUACUGCUGCCUCCGAGAACCCGGACGGAUUGCGCCGUGAGGCUGGAAAUGAUAUCAGACCGGACUCAAGUCGGAUGAUGCAGACGACCAGGAAGCCUUCUCCAGAACACCCGGAGAAGUCGUGGUCGUGUGAUAAGGAGGUGAACAAGAACCCUUUUUGGAGGUGGGUGCGGGCACAAGAGAACCCAGAUCUCGCUUGGAAAAACCGGGCAGAGGAUGCAGAUGAAGCGUUGACUCCUGGGAUUGUUCCGGACAUGCAGUCAGAGAUCAUGGUGGAAGAAAGGAAUGCAGCAUGUUCGCAUGGCCGCCGCACUUUUAAGCAGGUUGUGGAUCUGGAGGCGAGCAGAAGUGCCCUUACGGGAAAUGGAGGGACAGGAAGCGCUACAACACGGGACAAUCAGAGGGUCGGAAUCCCUGAAGACGCGGCGGGAGCACGUGAAGUUAUGGCUGAUCAGGCUUGCGUCACAGAUCAAACGGUUGUCGUGUAAUGGAGGUUGUCCCUGCGGGCAUUUUCUAUGAGGAGGGGGACUGUGAGGUUCCUGACAAACCACCACGCGAAGAAGGGCGAAGCGGUUUUCAAUUUCCUAACGAGCAAGGAGGCAGUGUAACUAGGCAGCAAAGCGAAGUGAGCUAUUCUUCUCAAUAUCAAGAUCUGAGACAAUGGGACCAAGGACAUGUUGGCACCGAACAGGAUUACGGGCGAUGGGAAAACCAAGAAGAUGAUGCGGGAGGUCGGAGUUCAGGCAAGCAGCAGAAGAAUGCAGAAAACUGUGUUCACAGCAAGGAUGAAGAGCCGAAGCUCGAAGAUGGUGCUUUGAAAAAGGAUUCGGCAUGGUGUGGGGAGCCCUCGCAGCGUCAGGACGUUGCUCAGGAGAUUAACAAUGGCUUAAUGUGCUCGCGUCUAGGUCACAACGUCAACCUCCGGUCAAGCUGCAGUCCACCGAAGCCUAUCGUCCGACCAUCAAGGGCAGGAAGGCUCAGUUGCCCGAAUUAUGGCUUGGGUAAUGAGGGCGAGAUGGAGCCAAGUCUGUACACAGUCGACGGUACCGACCACAAACCAGAUGCCGGACGGGAACCGGAAGGCGCAGAGAAUGCGCAGCAUAGCGGGAAGGGUCAAUCUGAAAUAUGCCAACAACGAAAGCACGGCAAGCAGGAGAGGAGCUGUGUGCAAACGUGGAAACUCACCGGGCAGCAAGACAAUUGUCCGCACGAGAGGACAGAGUGAGGUAAGGGUAGAGAGAGACCCUCCCCCCUGCUCAACAGGCCCCCACUUCUCCACAAUUCAUUGGCGAUGGGUGCGAUGCAAUGCUAGGAAGAUGCUUCCUUGUCAGACAGUGUGAAGGACUCUGGAGGAGCUGUAGCUCUUGCGAGGAGUUGUGUGCAAGUCUGCAGGAUGACUCUCUCAGGUCUUUGGGAUUACACUACUUGACCAUCGCAACUUGUACUAGGGAGGAGAGUUCAUGCUCCCUGGCUUAAACAACCGCUAAUUUUCCCGGCCAUUUUCUGCCGAGGUGGCCGUGCACACACCGCAACUUCCGGGGCAUGGCCUACCGGGCGGAGCCAAAUGGCUGGUGGCGCCAGCCAACGACAUUGUUGGGCGCGCACAAAGGAGGCCUCUUAACUCAAGUACUGGUCUACAAAGUUUCGUCACCACCUGAAACUUGCCGCUUUAACCACGUGGAUAGACACAAGCAUGUUUCUAGUGUGCAUAUGUGAGAGGCAGAACAUAUGGUCUAGGGCACCAUCUUCUAGUCUAGUCUUUGGGAUUGAUGAUAUAGCUCUGGUUAUUCAAGGCCUGGAGCAUGGAGAGGAGUGCAUUUAUGAGAGGCAUGAGCUCGGCAAACUGCUGAAUUUGUUGUUCAAACGGCGAACCGAGGUGCGGCGCCCAAAGCCCCUCCUCCUCGGUAAGCGUGUUGCUCGGACGCCGUACGGGCUGUUGAUAACGGAAACAACGUCUUUGUCUGCCCACUGUGACUGUGACCAUGUUGCCUUCGAUACUACGAUGCCCUAGGCUCCUUUCCCCUGCCUGGAACAGUGAAGAGAGCUUGAGCUCUACGCCGCGGACAUGGGAAGACCUGCAGUCGCGCUCCUUUCGCCUUCCAGGAGCAGUUGAGGACACAGCUCAAGCUGUACGCCACGGACAUGAUGGGAAGACCUGGAGUCACUGAGAGGCAGGGCUCUGUUUGCAGUUCAAACUUCAAAAUGGGCCCGCAGCCGUCAAGAGCGCACGCGGCAUAGGUCUUCCUCAUCUGCAGUUCCCCCCGUCGAAGUAGGUGCACAGCACACCGACGGUCCCUCGACGUAGGGGCGUCAACCCGGCGGAUCGAAGUCCCCGGAAGGCGCGGCUUGGGCGUCAGAGUCAGAGCAUGUAGUUCCUUCUUCGCUGUUUAUACAACUUUAUUGUUCUUGUAUUCUCUCUUCGACUUCCUUUUGCCAGCAAAGAAACGUAUAAAGGGUCGGGCAUUUUAAGUAAUCGUAGAAAAUCGGGUCUUUUUUUUUGUCUUAAAAAAGGCUGUUGUGAACAUCUGCAACAAGUCUGCUGACUUUCAUUAGCCACUAAUAGUUACAUAGU